UCCUCUUAUUUAAGUAAAGUCUGCACAUCUAAAAUCUGCGACGGGGCAGUAAACCACUCAACUGCUUAUCGGUCUCCUUGCGCGGGUCCGUCGGUGCUUACAAAACAAAUGGCAAUUAAUUAGCCAUUCCAACCCUGGUAUUUGCAUCAUGGAGUCCACUUAAAAGGAUUUAUCGGUUUAAUAAUCCUGAAAGUUGCUGGGCCCCAGGCUCAGAAGAGUGUGCAUAAAGCUACGAUGGAUGUCUCCCUUGUGAUGAGAAGCGCUCCAUUGUCCCUGGUAAAUGGCUUUCAAAUCAGCUAAGCUGCGGCCGCUUUCACCCUCACGCUGCCCCCCACCCCGACCGCUGCCCUCCAUUAAAAGGCUCCCCAGCCACUCACUCGGGCUUUAUGUCUAAUCCCUGUGCAUCUCUGGAGUAAAUGAGCUGUCAGGAACUAUCUGAGGGUAUAAAAGCCAAAAAAAAAUCCAAGGAUGAGUGUGAAGAGAGCAGCACGGGACACAGAGUGGACACGACGGAGCCAAGCGAGACCACCCGCCGCCAAAAUCCAGAUGGAAAGCCGAGUGUUCCUCACUGCACUGGCCUUGCUGGUGGCGUGGACAAGAUUGAGCGCAGGUCUCGAGGAGGGUGUGGAGUCCAAAGAAAGCUACCCGCUGGACUCGGAGGGCAAUGUGGCAGACCUGCUGCAACCCGAAGAGCACAGCUGGCAAGGAGAUGAGCGACUGUUGAAUGCCAUCCUGCGAUCACUGGCUCAUGCGACCCAGCGCUACAGCCGAAGUCCUUCUUUUUUAUUUCAGCCGCAAAGGUUCGGUCGUGAGGCUCGAGGAGCAGUCGGUGAUGAGACAAGAAUACAGUCGCGAGGCUGGGAAGUCAUGCCCCCGCAGUUCUGGAGUCUGGCAGUACCUCAACGUUUUGGCAGGAAAAAAUAAAGAUGAUGGUGGUGACAGAGACACUCAACUCUGUGGGGACUUGGCGAGAUCAAAGCACAGCUUGGCAUUGCAGUCAGUGCCCAAUAAAAUGCCAAGACUGCAUUCUGUAUUCAUUAUUUUAUGCAUUGGCUGUAAGUGACCUGAUUAAACUGCAUUGGUAAUAAAUAUUUUCUGUCCUGUU